AUGGAGCUGAGGGAAGGCAUGAUGGGUUCUCAAGCUUCUACUGAUGAUCUGAUGAAUCUCUCUCCUGGUGCUGUGACCCCAAGUGCUCAUCACAUCAAAUUGAUAAAUCAGACAGAGAUUAAUCAAUUAAGAGAGCAAGGCCUGUGCCUGAAAUGCAGAGUUAGAGAUCAUAUGAUUAAGAGCUACCUGUUCAAACCUCCCAGACACCCUGCCACUCUCAUGAUAGCUAAGAUGAUUUCCAAGCUGGUACUGAAUAAUGACAAUAUGGAUAUAAGUGAGAAUUCAGGAAAAAGAGUAACUUCAAUCAAAAGACACUGGAAGAAGUAA